AAUAAUUAUACUCCAAACCAAAAUCGAUGAAUGCUUAGGUAUCAAACGCUACUUCGAAUUGUUUCCGAUGCUGAAUUCUUUCAUUUUCACUCUUAGAUCUGUCUCCGAUUCCCUUUCGCCGAGUUGAAAUCCUACCGGAUUAGCUCUACCCCCGAUUUUCUUUUCCUCCGCCGGCGGAUUCGUUUCAUUCCGGCUCCAAAUGGAAGGUUUUACCGCAGAAGAUCUGUCCACAAUCGGAGGAAUUGCCACCGUUUCCCUCCUUCAUUCCUUCAUUCCCACUCACUGGCUUCCUUUCUCCGUCGUCGGCCGUGUCCAGAAAUGGACUCUCUCCAGGACUCUCCUCGUCACUGCUUUUGGAGCAAUUUUACAUGUGAUAUCUACUUCACUCCUUGGAAUAACCGCAAUCACAAUGGCUAAUACAAUUGCCGGUGAAGAAACUGUGCACCAGCUGGCUUCUCUUUUGCUUAUAAUUCUUGGAGCUUGUUACGUUUUGUUGUUUAUGACUGGAAGAGGCAGUCAUAGCCACUCCCAAAACCAACCAAUGGAGAAAAUGGCUGUUGCGGGUCUUGUUCUCGUACCUGCUUUGUCUCCCUGUGCAACCACUCUUCCAGUGUUUCUUGCUGUUGGAAAUUCAUCUUCCAUGAUGGUGCUCGCUAUCAUUGUGCUCCUAUUCAGCACAAUAACAGUGAUGACUUCGUUGGUAGCUUUGUCAUUCUACGGCGCUAGCCAGCUCAAGUUUCACUGGGUUGAACGAUAUGACAAACUGCUUGUAGGUUCAGUGUUGUGCGUGGUAGGUAUCCUGACACUCAUCUUUCACGACCACGAGCACGACCACCAUGGACAUGGAGGUUCGGUAGGAGACAAUUUGCAUAGGAAAAUAAUUGUACUUUAAGAAUUUAUAUAUUAUCAUAACCUGCAGAUACUUAUAAUUUUGAUCUUCUGGGAAAUUUCAAGACUGACUUUGAACCCUGUAUUAUAUCACCAUCAAGUGGGUUUAAAGGUCAGUUUCUUGUACUCCUCCUUUGUUGCCAUUUUGUCAAAUCUAAGAUUUUUCUUCUUCUUCUUUUGUGUUUCAUUGUAUGAUCAAAUAGAAGGUUAACACUCUGUUUCAUUAUUUUGUAUUUUUGAAGCAUAGGCUUAAUGUUAGGCAUUAUCUAUGUAGGUAAUUUGGUCC